GCGGCCGCACGGGGCAGCAGCCUUAGGGCGGGAGGAGGGGCCGGACUGGAGGCGCGGGAGGAGAAGGUGGUGUACUCGCGGUCGCAACUGUCGCUGGCCGACAGCACCAAGGCGCUGGGCGACGCCUUCAAGCUGUUCAUGCCCCGCAGCACGGAGUUCAUGAGCUCGGACGCGGAGCUCUGGAGUUUCCUCUGCAGCCUCAAGCACCAGUUCUCCCCGCACAUCCUGCGCAGCAAAGACGUCUACGGCUACUCCUCCUGCCGAGCCCUGGUCCCCGACCCCCCGCCGCCCCCCGCCGCCCGCGGUCAGAAGCGCAGGCCAGCCCCGGGCGCGGCGGCCAGGAGGAGGCGCCGCCGAGCCCCGGCGCCUGCCGCCCGCGGAAGGAAGCCCCCGCCUCAGCCAGUCCCCGAGGAGAGCUGCCCGGCCAAGCCCCUGGCCCUCGGGCCCUGCUUCGGGGGCCGCACCCUGGAAGAGAUCUGGCGGGCGGCCACCCCGACGCUGACCACCUUUCCCACCAUCCGCGUCGGCAGCGACGUGUGGGGCGAGCGCAGCCUGGCGGCGGCACGGCGCAAAGCGCACCAAGUCCUGCGAGUGAACCUGGAACCCGUGGUGAGGCUCCGCCGCUUUCCGGUGCCCCGGGCGUGA